AUGGCCCUGGCUGCAAUCAACUCAUGUGUUCCACUCAACUUGGUCCAACAUGACUUAGAGUUGGUGCUCUCCCACAGGCCUACCACCAUAAGGAAGGGGCGGUACAGUUUCUAUACAGUCAACUUGACCGUUGAUGAACAGGUACAUGUGAUUGUGCCUGCUGAUAAGAACCUAAUUGCACUACGGGCGGCCAGCACUAAUAAAGCAUCACCCCCCAAGGAAUGGUCUAAGGAGAGCUGCAGGAGCUCAACUGCUGUUGCUAGUGCUGACCAUUUGGCGUCGAUGUUGGAUGACUUCCAAUGCAAAAACCCGAAUUGCAAGGCUGACUGGAGGACCCUAUGGGACGUAAUGCGGACACAUCAGACGCCAAGGUACACCUACGGGCUGUUUCAAAGGUCAAUCUGGCCCAUGUACAACAUGGCCGGUGUGGAGAAAGGCCAGUGUAAAAUGAACCGAUUUGUCGCAACCCUCACUAACUACAACGGUAUGACAGCUGCAUUGGCACAAACACCCCAGUCGUUCACGGAGGAGAAGAUCAGGAGCAUAGACAAUUAUAUAAAAGCCAAUCCAAAGGCUCAAAUUGGUGGGAAUAAAAUGAUCAGGGGCUUUUGCAUUGGGCUAAAGAAGUUCCUGAGAUGCACUGCAACGCGCAUGCCCUUGUUUGAUGAUGUGGAUGGCCUGGACAAUGACACCCUGGACUAUGACAGCCUGCCUAUUAUACAUCUCAUGCUGCAUCUAUCUACAUAUUAUAAGGAUGGAGCGAUUUCCAAUAUGCUCCACUUGAGUCCCUUUGAGGCUCCACUAAGCACCACUGGGCCCAUCAACGAUGUUGUUGACUUCCUUUCAAAUGGCUUAGUGCAAAAUGCCAACCCCAAUGUACUGGCGAUCAUCAGAAUGAACUUGACUCAACGCAACCAAAUGCAUGAUUUGGUAGAGAACGGCACAUUUGUUGCAGACAAAACCCUCCUCCACUACCGUGGGAGUCGGGAAUUUUGCACAAAAGUAGCGGCGCAUAAGUGA